CUGUCAGAAUUUAUAGAUAAAAGUUUAGCUUUAACUUAGGUGUGGUACUCUGCCAUUUUUAGGGGAAAAUACAGUAAUGUCGGCGACUCUGAAACCAUAUCUAACGGCCGUGCGCCAUACACUAACUGCAGCGAUGUGCUUAGAGCAUUUCUCAUCGCAGGUCGUGGAGCGGUACAACAAGCCCGAGGUCGAGGUUAGAACGAGUAAAGAACUCUUGCUGAAUCCCGUCGUCAUAUCUCGUAAUGCCAACGAGAAAGUGCUAAUAGAGUCCUCCAUAAACUCUAUUAGAGUGAGUAUUAUGAUCAAACAGGCCGAUGAGAUCGAAAAGAUCUUGUGUAAAAAGUUCAUGCGUUUCAUGAUGAUGCGAGCAGAGAACUUCAUCGUUUUGAGGCGGAAACCCGUCGACGGAUACAACAUCAGCUUCCUGAUCACCAACUUCCACACGGAGCAGAUGUUCAAGCACAAAUUAGUGGAUUUCGUUAUAUAUUUCAUGGAAGAAAUUGAUAAGGAAAUCAGUGAAAUGAAACUGGCCGUUAACGCUCGCGCACGUAUUUGUUCGGAGGAGUUUUUGAAGCGUUUCUAAGUGGAUUAUACUGGUAUAGACUAUGAUGAGGCUGCCAAAGCCCCAAGCUUAGUUCCCACCCUUCUACUGUUAAGCUCAAAUGUGGGUGAGGCGCAAGCCUUAUUGUGGUGCACUUGGUACUUGAUAAUUUAGUGACUGAUGUGAUUCUUAAUUUAUAUUCAUUAUUAUGUUACAUGACAAGCAAAGCUCUGUGGGUUUAAUGCAUGUAGAUAAUGUAUGGUAAAGUCCAAGGGAUGCCUUUUUGCCCAAUAUAUGUUAACCAGAAGAUGUUAUUUGGGUUAUUACACUGCAUAUGUGCAUCAUGUUCCAUUGCUUG